GAGUGGUUGUAAGAUGAGAAAAAGAUAAGAAAAAGAAACAAAGGCGUAGCAUGGGCGCCUUCCUCUGCUGAUAAACUCCUUGUUUAUCUAUGCCUAAUUGCUUUCUCUUUGAUGGAGGGCUCUGCCACCGUGGAGAGCCAUCGGCCUCAAUAUCACCACACUCAUGCCAUCCAUGUCGCCUCUCUUUUACUCUCCUCUGUUUGCAGCUCUGAUGCUUCUGCACAAGCCUCGGACAAGAACUCUUUAUCGGUUGUCCACAAGCAUGGCCAGUGCUCUCAGCUCCAUCGAGAGGAAGCAAAUAUUCCCACUCAAGCCGAAAUCCUCCUCCAAGACGAAGCUCGGGUCAAGUACAUUCACUCAAAGCUUGCCAAGAACCUAGGCCUCACCAAUGUGAAGAAGACUGCUAAUGUCAAUCUUCCGGCCAAGGAUGAUAGCUUGGUGGGCAAUUACAUAGUCACAAUUGGUCUCGGCACCCCAAAGAAGGAUCUGUCUCUCAUAUUCGAUACCGGAAGUGACAUCACAUGGACACAAUGCAAGCCCUGCAUGAGAUCUUGCUAUAAACAGAAGGAUCCUAGUUUCUCUCCCUCCUUAUCCACAACUUAUUCCAAUGUUUCCUGCGGCUCAACUACCUGCAAUUCACUGAUUUAUGCAACAGGUAACUCGUUUAAUUGUUCAUCAUCAGCUUGUGUUUACGACAUCCAAUAUGGGGACUCCUCAGUUGGAUUCUUUGCUAAGGAAAAGCUCACCUUGACAUCAAGGGAUGUGUUCAAUAACUUUCUAUUCGGCUGCGGCCAAAACAACCAAGAUCCUUUCGGUGGCGCCCCUGGUUUGCUAGGACUUGGCGGAGAUAAACUAUCUUUGCCUUCGCAAACAGCCGUAAAGUACAAGAAAAUAUUUUCCUACUGCCUGCCAUCAUCCCGAGCUCAACCGGUUUCCUUAGAUUUGGCAACCAUCACAUCUCAAAUUCUGUAAAAUUCACAACAUUAUCAACAAUCCGCCAAAGGGAAUUGAAGACACUUAAUUUCGUCCCCUUGAUUAACAUUAUAUAAUAUAUUUUAUUACAUUGCAUAAUAUAUUAAUUAACACUUUAUUUUAUUACAUUUCCAGGUCCAAAUACAAACAAAGAACAAGCCGAGCAGACAAACCACACGGCCCAAUGUGACCCAAACAGAAUCAGUCUAGCUAGGGUUUUGGAAACCUUAGCUCGCACGCUCAAUCAGCGCCGCAUGGCCAUCAACACUCCAGCCGCCUCUCUCCACCAGCGUAGCAGUCUUUGCCGUGCACGCCUCUCCAACAGUCCCCGAAACGUCCGACAAUCGAGACUCAUGCUCAUCACCAACAACCAAAGCAUCAACCCAACAUUAGACUUCUAUUAGGAUUUAAAGAUGUAAUCUAAAAACAUAUUUUUCUUCUGCUAUAAAUACGUGUAAAUCAACACCAUUGUAAGGGAGGGACACGAUUUUGA